UCAUUUGCGAUCAGUCGACAUGAGUCAACAUCUGAAUGACUCCAGUACAACACAAACCAUGACAGGAACGGCAAUCGACAAGAUAAACAAAACAAAUUCAGGUUCAUCGACACAACGACAAGGAGACACAAAGCAUUUGAAAGAGCAGGAAACUACGAUUAAUGAAAAUGACACUUUCAAAGGUGAUAGGAAUUUAUACCAAACCAACGGUUCUACAACAAGGGAUUCAACAAAUAUCAGUGAUGAUGACGAAGCUAUUUCCUCUGAAACAUCGCCCCAUGAUCCAUCAAUUAAAAAUCAACCUAAGGAUAAAAACAAACAAAAAAAUGGAUCAAAAAAUAAACCAGUGUCCAUGACGCAACACAGAUAUCAAUUUGGUAAAGUACAACGACAAAAGAUCAAGGCCCGUCGCAUCAACGAACGACGCCAGCAAUUCCAACAACAGAAGCAAAAGGACGAUGCGACUUUAUCUGAACGACGUCAAUGGAUUCUGGAUCAACAACAACACGACAAGGAGCAACAUCAUAAGGAACGACAUCAACAUUGGCAACAAGAUGGUCUUGAACGUGAACAGAGAGGACAUGCUUUGACGGCAGCCAUCGUUGCAGCGGAAAAGUGUCAUUUGCCAACAUUGACCACCACAUCAUCUAUUAUCUAUCAACAUAACACGAUCAAACCGCCACCCCUUCAUCAUGAAUGUGAUCUGGAUCCUAAUGAUCCUGAUCCUUGGCCUGAAGAAAAACAACACUAUUUAUAUAUGGGUCGUAUCAUUCGAAUGGAAUCUUUGAUGGAAAAACGAAAAGCAAUGGAUAAAGGAAUCAAGUACGAACUCCCAGUGUACAAUCCAAUUGGUCUUCCAAGACGUAAACCUGCAUUUCAUCUUUCCAAUACUUCUAUUCAUGAUGCUACUGUCAAGGCUCGUCAUUCAUCCUCUGGAUAAACAUUUAUCAAAAUUUUGUUCAUCUUUUUUUUUUCUG